ACUUCACAGUUUCAGAAAGCAAGGAAGAAAACCCUAAGCUCAUUCUUUCUUCUACUUCUUCUCUCUCUUAGAAGUAUCUACACAAAAAAUAUUGGAAAAUUGUCCAGAUUCGAACACUUAAUAAAAGCAGUUAAUUAAUAAAAAAGAAAACUCUCUCGAAAAUAUCAACACGUGCCUCUCAUUUUUUCUUGAUCCUUUUUCUUGAUCUUUCUCUGAUCUCCUCAAGUGCUCAUCACAUUAUCAAUUUACCAUCAUUCAUCGUCUAAAAAUAAUGGGAUUUUCUUGAGCUUUCAUCCGAUAACUAGGUUUUCAUUAUUCUGUUAUUUUGUUAAACAAAGGUUGAUUGGCAGUUUAUAUUGUAUAGUUUGUUGUUGUACGCAAGGAUAAUUCUUUUUUUGUGGGAGUAGCAAGGAGUUGAGUGCUAAUAAAUAAUUGUCAAAUGGCGGAAAUGGUUGGCCCAAGGUUGUACAGUUGCUGCAAUUGCAGAAACCAAGUUGCCCUUCACGAUGAUGUUAUAUCGAAAUCUUUUCAGGGUAGAAAUGGUCGAGCCUUUUUGUUCUCCCAUGCAAUGAACAUAAUGGUGGGUCCUAAGGAGGAUAGACAAUUGAUGACUGGUCUUCACACGGUGGCUGAUGUCUACUGCUGUGAUUGCCGAGAGGUGUUGGGUUGGAAAUAUGAGCGGGCUUAUGAGGAAACUCAGAAGUACAAGGAAGGGAAAUUCAUUCUUGAGAAGUCAAAAAUAGUCAAAGAAAACUGGUAGUAACCGUGUAAAUUUUCUGGAUGAUUCUCCUGAUCUAGCAAGUGUAUGGAUGCCUUUGCGUGUUUUUUUUCUUCCCAAUUGAAAAUAUUUACGUAUUGUUCUUCCCUGUGCAUUCUUCUUGUGUUCCUUGUGUGGAUAUUGUACUGGAUAUUAUUCAUUUUGUUAAUAAAAUUGUGAAUAAUUCUCCCUA